CACCAGUAUCUGCUCUGCAUUAACACUGUCAUUCGGGGUCUCAUUCAUGGACGCUUGAUGACAGUUUACUUUGCGGCACAUUAUUUCUUUUUACGUUGAUUGAAAGAAUAGUGAAUUUACCGAGUCCCAUACUAUUCUGGAUCAUUGAGUGAAAAUGUUCCGAAAUCAGUACGACAGCGACGUGACGGUAUGGAGUCCUCAAGGGAGGUUGCAUCAGGUAGAAUAUGCCAUGGAAGCGGUCAAACAGGGUUCGGCAACAGUUGGGCUUAAGAAUAAGACGCAUGCCGUACUGAUUGCUUUGAAGAGGGCUUCUUCCGAACUCUCUGCUUAUCAAGAGAAGAUUAUUCCAAUCGACAAUCACAUGGGCAUCACUCUUGCUGGCCUCACUGCAGAUGCUAGAAUGCUAAGCCGAUACAUGCGAACUGAAUGUUUAAACUACAAAUACUCGCAUGACUCGGUAUUACCUGUGAGUCGGCUCAUCUCUGCCCUUGGUAAUAAGAUGCAAACGUGUACUCAAAGGUACGAUCGACGCCCGUAUGGAGUAGGACUCCUUGUUGCUGGAUACGAUGAUCAAGGCCCACACAUUUUUCAAACAUGUCCAUCGGCCAACUAUUUCAAUUGCAAAGCUAUGGCACUGGGGUCACGUUCUCAGAGUGCUCGUACAUAUCUUGAGAAGCAUCUGAACGAAUUCCCAAGUUGUGAUCUUGACGAGAUUGUCAAACAUGGACUUAGAGCUUUGCGUGACACAUUACCCAAUGAAGUAGAUCUCACAGUGAAGAAUGUAUCGAUUGGUAUCGUGGGAAAGGAUGUGCCGUUUAAAAUUCUUGAUGAAUCUGCUACGGCAAUUUACUUGUCAGAAAUUGAAGGAGAUGAGAAACGGUCUAGAGGUCCUGGUGGCGCUGCAGAACAGGACAGUCAACCACCUCAGCCUCCACCUGCUGACAAAGGGCCCCAAGAUCCCCAGCCAGCUGUUGCAAUGGACACGGAAUGAAUUACGUUGCUAUGUGAAUACUUUCUUAUUUCAGUUGCAAUAAAAAAAUGUUAUUAAUUACACAGGAAUGAAAUCGUUUUCUCCGUUGGCAGCAAGUUUUGUCAUCUUUAUGAUAGCUUGAUAUCAAUCUUGUUGUUAAACUGAAAAUUGUAUUGAAGAUAUAGCAACAUUUAUUUGAAUAAGCUUUUGUAAUAACAUAAUUAGGAAAUAAAAUGGUAUAUUUCCA